ACGGCGCUGCGACGAAUUGCUAGGUCGAAGUUUUCGCUGGCUUUUCGGCCAUCGUCAUCGCCAUCGUCUAUCUCUGUCCGCAGUCGUCGUUGGAGUCGUUUGCUUUGCAUUUGCGUCGCUUCGCAGCUUGUCGUGUCGGGUAGCUACACAAAUAGCAAAUAUCUACACCUGGAAUUGAAAAAAAAGUUGUUCUGCCUCAAUUAGAAAAAAUUUCACUGCAAGCAGCGACUUUUGACAGCGAUAGAAAUUAGAGAUUUUUGUGCGAAAUCCCAGAGCAAAAGCCGUUGGCGGAGUUCUGUGGACGUCUCUGUGGGCAGAAGCAGCAUAAUAAACGUGCAAUUGCAAAUCUUCAAAUUACAAGCAAAAACAAAAAAAAAACGGAAUGGACAAAUUGGAUACCAAUUUGGAACAGCAGUUCGAUUUGAAUCUUAUUGAAGCUGUGAAACUGAACCCGGUCAUAUACGACCGUUCCCACUAUAACUACAAGCAUUUUGUAAGGAAGGCGCAGACCUGGAAGCAGAUUGCAGAAUCACUUGGAGUUCCUGAACAAAAAUGCACUAAACGUUGGAAGAGUUUGCGCGAUAAAUUUGCGCGGGAAAUGAAAUUGUGCCAGGAAUCGCGUUGGCGUUACUUUAAGCAAAUGCAGUUCUUAGUCGAUUCGAUAAGACAAUAUCGCGAAUCGCUUUUGGGUAAAUGUAAUACUGUACAGCAGAAUACCAAUCAAGUAACACAAGUUGAUCCAAAUCAACAACAACAGCAGCCUCAGCAACAGGCUGUCGUAGAUAUAUUUGCACAGCCCUUCAACGGCAGUGCUACCACAUCGGCUCAAGCGCUUGCUCAUCCGCAUGAAAUUGCAGUUACAGGCGACACUCAAUUAACCGCCGCCGGUAAAGAUCAAAAACCAUAUUUCUAUGAGCCACCACUGAAGCGCGAGCGUACCGAGGAAGAAAAUCACGACAAUAUGCUAAACACAAUCAAGAUUUUCCAAAAUUCGAUGUCGCAGGCAGUUAGUGCUGAGGAUCAAUCGUUUGGCAUGGUCGUCACUGACAUGCUUAACACCUUGGGUGUGCGACAGAAGGCUGAAGCAAAGGUGCACAUCAUCAAAUACCUUACGGAUAUGCAAUUGCUGGCACAGCAUAACAAAUAUUAGAUGGAGUAACGCGUGGCGAUAUGCAUAUUUAAUGUGUUUGUAGAAGUUUUGGUAAUAGUCAUCAUACUACAUAUUUACGCAUAGAAUAAAGGGAUUGUGUUAAUUUUCAGUUAAAUGCCGUGUCGAAAAAAAAUAUUACGUUACAAAAUAAAUUGUAAUUAAAUACUUUUCACCAAAAUAUUAACUUAAAUUUAAACACUUUUACAUUGCUAUUACAAUUUUCAAGUGAUGAACUAUUUAUAUGCAAUGUACAUAUCGUUACCUUGAUACAGAAGAGCCCUAUUUAAAUAUUGUGUCUACAGAGUAUUACAAUACUUUAUAAAAACUAAAGUACUUAAGUUCGGAAUUUAUUUUUUUAGUAGAUAUCUGGUUGUUUUUAAAUCUCAUUGGGCCUUUUGUAAGUUAUCUAUCAACCUUUGUACAAAGCUGAAUUUUGAAAGAAAAUUAGUUAGGGGCUUUUUAUAUUAAGGUAAUGGUAUACAAAUUUAAUUUUUUUUCUGUUCGAAAAAACUAAAUUUAGUUUAUAUGUCAUGUGCUUGUUUUGAACAAUUUUAUUUGCAGAAAUAGCUACACAUGCGUUCAUGCUUAAUUUAAAAUACCAUAUUUCGAUAUACGUGCAUAGUUGUAACAGGGAAGAAUAUAAAUAAGUGGAAUAAUUGCCGAUGGCACUUCUUCAAUCUUAAUUGGAUUUAUUGUAUUUACCUAUUAGAAAUUAUUCGCGUAUAAGAGCUUAAUGUAAUACAUACUUAUGUAUAUACAUACAUACUAUAAUAUGAAACAUGUAUACAUGUGAAUUUAUAAAUGAAAAAAUAAAUAAAAUAUAAGUAAUUUUA